AUUUGAGUUCGUAGCAUUUUUUAAGUUCCAGAUUAAUAAUUGAACUGUUCAUUGUAGGUGACUAUGAGCAGGAAGAGAGCGCUGCCAGAGCUUAUGAUCUGGCAGCUCUGAAAUAUUGGGGUCCAGACGCUCUAACAAACUUUCCGAUUAAAAACUAUGAGAGAGAGUUGAAAGAAAUGAAGAACAUGUCAAAGCGAGGAUAUAUUGAAGUUAUAGGGAGUUCAAGCACUGGCUUUUCCAGGAGGAGAUCAGCCUACCGAGGAGUUUCACGACAUAAUCAUGAUGGAAAGUGGCAGGCUAGGUUUGGGAGGUUUGAUGGGAAGAAAGAUUUGUAUCUGGGAACAUUCACCAAUGAGGAAGACGCUGCGAAGGCAUAUGACAUUGCCGCAAUCAAAUUGAGAGGAGAAAAUGCGUUUACCAACUUUGACAAAAGCAGCUAUGAUGUCAAAGCCAUCAUGAGCGGCACACUUACUGUAGGGAGGAAACCAAAGCGAGCAAGACUUGCACUAGAAGAUAAGGAAAGCAAUGGGGACAUAGAUGAUUUUCCAUACAAUCCGUUAAGCUUCGAACCUGCAACCAAUAAUGUAGAGAGCACUGCGAACAAAUCUUCCUGCACAAGCUGUAUGGCACCCACAACCAUCAAUGGACAGGCAAUCUCAAAAACUAUUGCAGGUGCCCAUGAACUGGUGAUGGGAGGUUACUCUCUUCCAUCACACAUUUCUCUAUCUCCAUUCAGUUAUACUCAAGAACGAUUAGUUGUUCCAAACGCACCAUCUUUUGAAAACAUGCUGUCUUUGGGUACCUCCACAUUCUGCUUCCCUGGGCAGUCCUCAGAUCUUGUGAGAGCUGGUCAUCAGAGCAUAAUGCCUGAUACCAACUGGAAAACACUCUCUCUUCAGCAUUCAGAAAGUGGGCCUAGUAGAGGAGGAGCAGUUCAACCUACCAUUAUGUUCAAUAUCUGGAGUGAUAUAAGGAAAGCAAUCUCUCUUCAGGACUCCGAAAGUGGGCCUAAUGCAGGAGAAGCAUGUCAACCUUCUAUUAUGUUCAAUAUGUGAAGUGAUAUAGGAUGUAAAAAUCUUAGUUAUUUUAAAAUAGGAUUCUAUCUGUUUAAACUUGUCUUGUGACACCGACGGAACUUAUUUUAUCAUCUGUUUCAUAUUUUAUCAUUCCAGCUGUCAAAAUCUUAUUAUCUUCA